AUGGCGAGCACCGUCGAUGCAAAGCUGCUUCGGCGGACGAAAUUCCCACCGGAAUUCAGUAAAAAGGUGGACAUGACCAAGGUCAACCUCGAAGUCAUGAAAAAAUGGAUUGGCGGAAAGCUCGCAGUGAUACUUGGUGACGAUGAUGACGUCGUCAUUGAGCUAUGUUUCAAUCUCUUGGAGGGCACCCGAUUUCCCGAUAUCAAGUCUCUUCAGAUCCAGCUUACCGGCUUCUUGGACAAAGAAACCCCUCAAUUUUGCCAGGAACUAUGGAACCUCUGCCUAAGCGCCCAAUCCAGCCCGCAAGGAGUACCUAAAGAAUUAUUGGAGGCAAAGAAGCUGGAGCUGAGGCAAGAAAAGCCGAGAAAGCUGCCGAAGAAGCGCGUCGACGUAAAGAACAAGAGCAAGACCGAGAGAGGGAAUUGGAAAGCAUUCGCCAGAGGGAGAGGUUUGACCGAAACAGGAACUUCCGCGGGGGGAGAGGAAGUGGUCGGGACUAUGAUCGCCGGAGCUCGCGAUCUCCUCGUCGUCGGAGCCCCGAGCAUCGUGGGGGUCCUUCGCGGCGUGAAUUUGACUCAUAUGUACCACGAGGCGGCGGCGGGCGUGGCCGUCGACAGUCUAGACCACACUCUCGUUCGAUAUCUCGCUCACCAUCUUCUUCCAGAUCACCUCCCCGCCGUUCAUACCGCUCGGAAAGACGUGAUCGCAGACCCCCACGAACCUACAGCAGGUCCCCUUCCCCCCGAGGUGGACGAGGGCACACAAGAAACAGGCGGCGAAGCCCAUCUUACGGUGAUGAUCGAGAUAGACCUGCCACCCGCAGUGAUUCGUCACGCUCACCUAGUCCCAGAAGAACACGACGAAGAAACACAUCAUCCCCCAGCCGAUCACGUUCACCACCACCUAGAACCCACAAGAGAAAGGAUUCUCGGUCGAGGUCUCGACAGCCUAGACGGGGCGACCGUGAGAGGCGACCGGUAUCUGUUGACUCACGGGAUGGUGCAAAGGGAGAUUCAAAGACUGGCAAGACCCGGCACUCUAAAGAUGACCGCCGGUUGA